CGUCUACAUUCUCAUUUGUUUUGUGUUUGCCACGACAGGGUAUAUAUAGAUUAGAUUGUUUUGGAAUUGACAUACCUGUUUUCAGAUGUUUGCAAUGGAGCCGACAAAAGCUCGUUUGAUACAGUCCAAAUAUGAAGGAUCACCUGUGAAGCAAACUUUGGCCGCAUUAUUGGCGGCAACUGGGGCGCUUGCUUUUGGAUACACAAUUGGCUACAGCUCACCUGCUAUUCCAGAUAUGAUAAAACAUGGUGUUUUGACGGUGCCAGAAUCUCCCGUUUUCGGUUCGCUAAUGACAGUUGGAGCCUUAGUUGGUGGACCGCUAGGAGGUUGGUUUGUUGAAAAAAAUGGAAGGAAGAUGACGAUACUUUUUGCAUCAUUUCCCUUUAUUCUAGGCUGGCUUGCCAUUGCCUAUCAGCUAUCUAAUUCCUAUACAUAUUUGUAUGGAGGGCGUUUGUUGACAGGUGUCGCAAGUGGAAUGAUUACAGUUUGCGUCCCAGUGUACAUAGCAGAGAUUUCCUCGAAAGCUUAUCGUGGAGUUCUUGGAACAUUAACGCAGUUAUUAAUAACUAUUGGAAUUUUGGCAGUUUAUGUACUUGGCUCAUAUAUUGGGUGGUCAGGUUUAGCUUUGAUCGGAGCAUUGUCUGGAAUAUUCAUAAUCAUUGGCGCUUUCUUCUUGCCGGAAUCCCCACAUUGGCUUCUUAAGCAAGGUAAAAAGGCAGAAGCUAUUGAGUCGCUGAAGGCCUUGCGUGAUGCCCACAUGGAUGUAGGAGAGGAAUGCAGAGAUAUUGAAGAAGGUAUAGACGUUAAGGAAUCGGUGCCGCUAUCAGAGUUUUUGAAACCAGAAUUAUUCAAACCAUUGUUGAUUAUCGUGUUUAUCAUGUUUUUCCAACAAUUUAGCGGAAUCAAUGCUGUUAUGUUUUAUACGGUUAAUAUAUUUGAAAAAGCAGUUCCUUCCCUGGCUCAUUCUGCUACAAUUGGAAUUGGAGUGGUGCAAGUUAUCGGAACAUUUGUAGCAGCCCAGUUGAUGGAUCGUGCUGGUAGAAGAAAGUUGCUGAUAUUUUCAGGAUUAACCAUGGCGAUAUCUUUGUUCGGAAUGGCAUAUUAUUUCCAUUACGAAGCGGCUUGGAUAGCUGAUGGAAUGAAGACAUCUUGGCUCCCUGUUAUAUCCUUAAUGCUGUUUGUUAUUGGUUUUAGCUUGGGUUGGGGUCCUAUUCCAAUGUUGGUCAUGUCUGAGAUCCUGCCAGUAAGAGUUAAGGGUACAGCGAGCGCCAUUGCUAUUUUUAGUAAUUGGUCAUUUGCGUUUGCCGUGACUCUUUCAUUUAUACCAGCUCAGAUGCUAAUUGGACCGUCUCUCGUAUUUUGCAUAUUUGGUGCUGCCUGUUUCAUAUCAGUUUGUUUUGUUUUGAGAUUUUUGCCAGAAACAAAAGGGAAAUCCCUUGAAGACAUUGAACUUUUCUUUUUGGGCAAAAGUCCAAUUACUCCAAUUGUUUAAAACACCUGGAGGAUUUGGGCUAAAUCUAUUUGUUAAGGCCAGCUCAAUUUUUGUCAAGGUCGUUGAGAUGUAAAUCAGGUUAGGACAUGUGAUUGUUGGCGAGAAUGUAGGUUAGGGUUAGGGUAAGCAUUGGGGCUAGGUCGUGAACUAUUACAAAAAAUUGAGCUGGGCUCGCGGAAGUUGAAACAUGUAGGCCUAUUGCUGAAAUCAUUUUAUAGGCUUUCUGUGACCUGGGGUUACAUUAUCUUUGAUAAUACAUGUAUUGGGAUAUUUUGCACAACAUGUUAGUAUGGUUGUCAGUUUUAUUUUUAUUGUAUAACGUACACUAUUAUGAAAUUGGAAUAACCUUUUGUUAUUUAUGUAUAAAAUCUAACAUGAAAUGUCUUUUUGGUAAAAUAUUUUACGUUUUUUGUAUAUAUUGAUUUCUCCUUUCCUGUUCUCUUCUAAUGGGGUUUGCGUGGUCUUACACUCGGCAAACCUCAGCAGAUUCCUGUACCCUAUAUCUAGCCUCGGCUGUAUGACAAAGUCCGCCAUUGGAACUACUUUCAAGUUCGCGGAUUACCAACGGCGUUGCCCAUGACGACGCCUUUUAAGAAUGUUUUAUCAUACAAAUAUUUUAAAGUCUGAAGCUGUUUUUCUUUCAAGUUUAUCUGAUUUUCUUCAAACAAGGACAACUUUGCACUAAAAAUUCUACACGUUUCGAACGAGGCAAUUUUGAUAACUUCUUUUUAAAAGAGGCAAGUUUUCCUAAUAAGUAAACCGGUGCCGCAUCGCAAUUGUAUAAGCAUAGGUACAUAUCACUUAACGUCAUACAGCGGAGGCUAGAUGUAGAGUAACGAAAUCUGUCGAGGUUUGCCGAGUGGGUGGUCUUAGUGGGUAAAUGUAUGCAUGUGUAACAAAGGUCUGUUAUUGAUUCAAGUGGCGUGGUUUUGAUUCCCCGGUAUCCUCCCACUGCUAAAGACCCCUACGCACAAACAAAUUGUUGAAAUAAAUUUGAAUGUUAGUCUAAAAAUGACCUAUUUUGUCUGAGUGGACUUUAAACACUGACUCACUCUCUGUCUCUCUUGUGGGAUUAAUUAAGUAAUUAAUUGAUCUAACUAAUUAAAAUGUUACACUCAGAUCUUAUAUUAUACAAAUAAUACAUCACAGUAUUUUGUUUAUUUCUUGUAUUAAAUAUUAUUAAUAUAUCGCAGCGAUCUAAUUAAAACACAGAUCGUAUUUCGUUUUGUUUUUUAUAGUCCAAAAUUUCGUUUUUCUUGUCUUUACAACACUAGGAUCUGGAAGAGUUGUUAUCAUUGACCUGUUUUGGAUGAUGUGAGGGGAUUAGCCAAUGAAACGGUCUGUUACGGCAAGCUAUUGGCUUGACGCGACCUCCCAAUACAACUGGUCAGAUCUUCAUGUAGUGUAGGCCAUCGAAAGUAUAAAAAACGAAACGAAAUAUAGAUCUGCAUUUUAAUUAGAUUGCUAUUGCAGUACUUAAUGUAAAUGGUGGUGGUGGGGGGGUUAUAACAUGAUGGCUUUAUAUCAUACAUUGUACAUGUAAGGUCUGUCAUGGAGUCAAGUGGCAUGGUUUCAAAUUUGAUCCCAAGAUUGUACAUAAUAAACAGGCCAACUGCAGAAUUUGUCACAGUCACAAGAUGUAAACAGGGUUAGGGCACGUGAUUGUUGCCGAGCAUUUUGGGUUAGGGUAAGGUACAUGUACAAGGGUUAGUGCUAGCCAUGUUUACAUCUUGUGACCUUGACGGAAUCUGCAGGUGGCCUUAAUAUUUAGACCUAACCAACCUUGUGGGUUUUCUCCAGGUCCUCUGGUUUCCUCCCACUACUAAAGGACAUUACCUGAAAUGAUAUUGCACUAGAAGUUAGUCUCAAAGUGACCUAGUCUGUGUCAAGUAGACUUUAAACACCAUUUCUCUGUCUUUAUGUAAAUGCUGUCUGCUUUCUGAAAACAGGGGAGGGUUGGAUGGCCGAAUGGUUAGCACAUGCGCGCUGUAUCAUAAGGUCGGUCAUUGAGUCAACUGGCGUGGUUUCGAUUCCCCGGUUGUAGGUGAUUUUUCUCCCUACAUGCAAGAGAAUUAUUGAAAUAAAAUUGAACCAUUUGUUAGUCCUGAAAUGACCUAGCUUGUGUUGAGUUGGUGUUAAACCUCUCUCUCUCUCUUUCCCCCUCACUCUCUCCUCUCUUACUAAUAGGGGAUCACGUGGCUAAGUGGGUAAGACGUUAGCUCGCUAGCCUGGAGGUCGGGUGUUCGAUCCCUGCAUUGGCCGAGAAAGUUCAUCCAGAUUUUUCGGCGUGGUUCUCCCUUGUCAGUGAUGCAGGACGGAGGGGCUGACAAGGAAAGCUGUCUAGUCGUUCGGAUGGGACGAAAAACCGAGGUCCCGUGUACACAUUGGCGUGCACGUAAAAGAUCCCUUGGCAGUUGGAAUUCGAUAUAAGAGAAGGCCGUAGUGCCGCUGUCCGGGCAAAAUUUCCCUCAUAGCACACUGUAUGGCGUAUGCCCGUCUUCAUUAGCCUAGGUUAGGAGCAGAACAGUAGGACGUUAAACUCCAUUUCAUUUCAUUUCAUUUCUCUUACUAAUACAGUCCUAUAUUGAUAAUCCAUUCACCAAAAUCCAUAAUCUCAUUAAUUCCUUUGAUAUCUCAUGUAGCCAGGUGUUCAGCAUAAAAUAUUAAUAUAUUAAACUGCAUACUGUGAAAGGUUAUUAAAAGAUUUAGAUUAUCGUGAACAGUCGGGUUAUAUAUCACAGCCCACAGAGAUGAUUUGAUAUGUGGACAGAUGUUCAAUCUAAAUAUAGUCAAUAACCUUAUACUGUGAAAGAUUAUUAAUAGAUAUAAAUUAUUGUGAAUAGUAUUUGUUUAUACAUGUAUGUCGCAUCACUCUCACAGCUGAAUUGAUACCUAUUUGGAUGUGUUGCAUUGACUAUGCAAUGCAUGUUACGUGUGUGGUGUAUGUGCAGGCAUGAAAUGCCACAUAAUUUUGGAUUCAAUCACUCAGUUUGUGUCAAGUGAACGGUAAACCCCUUUUCCCUCUAUGAAUAUUGCAUAUAAACUUUGUGUAAAUACCAUUUACUAAGGUCAUAUGGUUAGCGCGUGCUCGUUGUAUCAUAAGGUCUGGUUUCAAUUAACCAGUUACAUAUGACAAGGAAUAGGGUCGCUUGUCUAACCUCGUGAGUUUUCUCAGGGUCUUCGGUUUCCUCCCACUGCCAAAGACCCCCUACGUGCCGCACGCAAGCGAAUUAUUGAAAUAAAAUUGAACCAUGUGGAUUGGACAUUAAACCCCUGUAGUACUAAACAAGUAUUGAUUUGGAUGGGGAACUAUCAAGGGCACACUAAAGUUGCAUGUAUAUUUGUCAUGUCAAGUGUGUUUACAUCGCUUUCUCAUCCCCUCGUGGGUUUUCUCCCACUGCUAAAGACCCCUACGCGCAAGCGAAUUAUUGAAAUAAAAUUGAACCAUUUGUUAGUCCCAAAAUGACCUAGUUUGUGUGGAGUGGACGUUAAACCCCAUUUCUCUCUCUCUCUCUCUCUCUCUCUGGCUUUCUCAUCCAUGUUAAGAUACAAUUAUUUCUGUUCAUUGCAUUCCUCCAAAUCAACUUACUUUUGUCCUGAAAUCCUGGUGGAGCUUCUCUCCAACAUCUCACCUCACCAUCGUUGAAAUUCCUGCCAAUGAUAUUUUAUAUAAUUUUUCUCAUUAACAAUAUGUGGUAAAACUUGAAUGCUUUAGUUUUGUUAACAUUUGUUAACAUAUUACUUAAAUUAGUUUUGUUAACAUAUUCUUGCCACUAAUAUUUUAUUUAUUUUUAUCAUUAACAAUAUGUGGUAAAACUUUAAUGCAUUAAUUUUGUUAACAUAUUACUUAAAUUAGGUUUGUUAACAUUACUUAAAUGAGGUUUGUUAACAUAUUACUUUAAUUAUUUUUGUUAACAUAUUACUUAAAUUAGUUUUGUUAACAUUACUUAAAUUAGUUUUGUUAACAUAUUACUUUAAUUAGUUUUGUUAACAUAUUACUUAAAUUAGUUUUGUUAACAUUACUUAAAUUAGUUUUGUUAACACAUUACUUAAAUUAGUUUUGUUAACAUAUUACUUUAAUUAGUUUUGUUAACAUAUUAUCACUUGACAUUUUACACUUCUAUUAUUUGUUUUAUUUAUUAUUUUAUUGUUUUUGUAAGAGCUUUGAACUUUGACUACAAUUUUAGAAAUGCACAGGCCCCCAGUUCACAAAGCAUUCUCAGGCUUAAGUUAAGAAUUUACUCAACUUUCAAUCACUGUUUAUGAGAAAUAUCUUUGAUCAAGAAACACAAAACUUUGCACAUAGUUUCUUAUUGAUGUAUUUGAUACAUUAAAACAACAAAAGUUUUUUAAGGGGCUAUAAUUUAGUUAAAAAAAGGCGAACUAUUUUGAGUAAAUUCUGAACUACUGAGAAUGCUUUGUGAACUUGGGGCCAGAGAUUAAUAUUGAAACCAUGUUUGUUGUAAAUAUUGUGGACCAUACAGUCUGAAUAUAUUGUUAAUUUUAUAACUGGAUAUAUUAUUAUAUAUUAUCAAAUAAUGGGAUAAUAAAUUUGUCUGUAUAAAAUAAAUGCAUUAACACUCA